AGGCCGUUGACCCGCUUACCCUCACGAUGCGUCUCGUCCUCAUCACCGUCGCACUCAGUGCCGCCAAUCUGGUACAAGCAACCAGUACAUCCAUAUCAAGCGGCUGCGGGGACGCGUGCAUCGCGCAGUUGGGCUGCAGAGCUACCGGCGCUGACGCCCGGAUAUGCCAUUGCCGCCUCUCGUCCGUUCCGGCGAUCUUGGAGUGUUUACUCGAUGUGUGCGCCUCUGAUGAGGAGCGGUUCGAGGCUGAUGCAGCUUUUGGGGCGUACUGUGGGGGAUUCUAGGCUCAGAGGUGGGAUACUCAGUAUGCAUCAUCAGUAUAACGGGAGCUACGAGGGAGGGGAAUCAUGGCGGCGGAUUUAGACGUGUAAAGAAAUUGCAGUUGUAGAGUGUCGGUACCGAGAUCAUGUGAUAUGCCAUCAAUCAAACUUCUCAUGGCGUGUCACUGUUUGCAUCGAAACGAUGCGACG